GCGACACUUGCAACAACGGACCGGUCGAAAAGUGCACACAAUGCUGUCGCUACCACUGAUUACCCCGCGGGCGGACGCCAGCCUUUGGCCCUCCCACCGCGCAACCAAUCCGUUCCCUUCAGACGAUCUCUCAACAUCCCCUCCCAACGUUUCAGCCCAACAACAAGCCCAACAACGGCGCCCCGCCCACCGAACUUCGACCUUGCUUGCAGCCCUUACCCACGACGAGAAUCUCUUCGAUCAGCGCAAAGUAAAUGUGCAGCGCUUCGGCGCUGGCUGGAUUCGACCCCCAGGCGUUGCAAAAACGUUACAAGCGAUUACAGAUGAGGAGCUCGAGAAGCAGGAGCAGGAGCUCAUGGCCCGCCGUGAGCGAGUAAUGCUGGAUCUUGCUGCGGCCCAGCAAGAGGCCGCGAACGCAGAAGAGAGACAGGAGAGGGACGAAAUGGAAGAGAAUGGCGAGAUAGAGGAGGAAAGGGACUUGGACGAUGACGUACCUGAGGCUGAAGCGAGCGCGAGCGACAUUUCCGCGAGUGAUGUUUCGAGUGAUGAAGAGGGGAGCGCAUCCGAUACCGAAGAUGGCGGGCGAGAGCAGGAGAGCAUGCUAUUCAACGAGGACUCGUUCAUUGAAGGCAGUAUGGUCGAGGCAGAGGUUAGUGCUAUGCUAGAGCAGGAAGACGCGGAGAUGGCUGGCGUGCUACAGGAUGAACGUGAUCUAGACGACGACAUCCCGGAAGCGGGGAGCUAUGAACAUACCGACUCUGAAUUGGAGGAGUCGAGCGACGACGACGCUGCUAGUCGACCACCUGGAUUUAGCUCGGUAAGGACAACACGUUCAAUGAGAAUGAGUUCUGGGCUUCAGAGCGCGAGACGCAGCUCUGUCAGACGUAGUUCUGGGCGACGCAGCUCUGGGCUUCCAAGCACAGCCGGCGCUCGGCAAAGCGUGAACCUCGGCCAAAGCGUAAUGCGUGGCAUCGAUCUUGGUCCAAGUCUCGGUCAUGGGCGCAGUAGCUUCGGUAUAGAUGGUAGUAGCUCCAUCCUUGAGAACAGCUCGUUUCUCAGGAGCUCGCCUGCCGCCUCAAGAACAAACUUGAGAGAUCAGUUCCUCAGAGCCGCAAGAGGUGGCCGCAGAGGCUGAGACGGCAGAUGACAUGGCACGACUGAACGAAGAUAUGAUGCAUUGCAUAAUACCCGGUUGGGUUUGGUAUACCCAGCCACUUCCACCUAUAAGCGCGGAGUUUGUUAGCACAUCUAAGCAAUUAAACAUUUCUACUUCUAGAAUAAA